UUUUCAUAUCCAACGCGGCAUGUCAACUCCUGCGCCUUCCGUGUGCCCCGACUGCCAAAAGCACCUGGGUGCUUGGUUCAAUCGUGGCACCGCCUGCGCACUCUGCUCCCGCGUGUGCUGCGCGACAUGUCUCGAUUUUGCCCUGUACACGGACCCGACUACGAUCUCGUCCAUGUGCAAGGCAUGCUUUACUUCGAAAUGGGCGCUGGACAUGACCCAACACGUCGAGGUGUUUGGUCCGUCCAUCCAAGAGAGCGCCGGACCCGCGGUGGUGCUUGUGCACGGGGGCGGCGGGUGUCGCAGCAUGUUCAUUCCGCACGCGAAGUCACUCGCGGCGGUCAACGUGCGCUGCGUGUUGGUGGACUUGCCUGGCCACGGCAGUCGCAUGGACGAGCUGCUGACGCUGGAUUCUGCCAUCGCGGUGAUCUUGGAAGGCGCGGCGCUAGCCGGCACGUGGCGGGGUGACGUCGCGCCAGUGUAUGUCGGUGGAUCCCUCGGUGGCUACAUUGGCAUGGAGUUAUUGGGGCAGCACCCAACAAUGUUCUCCAAGGCCGUGAUCCUCAUGUGCGGUCAAAACGUCGGCGUGAACCGUGGGUGGGCGGCUGGGCUGGGGCUGAUUGUGCUGGAUUGGGUGUCUUCGACUUUCAGCGCGGCCACACUGCUCAAACUCAUGCACGACCAAGUGCAAGCCAACGGCCACUUGGAUCGUGACAUGAUUGAGAACGACAUCAAGAAAUGCGGGUUCUUCUUUCACCAGUCCAAGGCCCAGAUUGCCAUUCUCAAAGCCACGAAUCCAGCGGAAGCCCUCAAGAAGUACCGUGGUCCAGUGCUGUUUAUCAACGGCUCCAAGGAUCACCGCGACUCGGACGCAGUCUGGCUCGCCGCUGCCUCCGCCCCCGCCUCAAAGUUGAUCGUGUACGACGGCGCCGAUCAUUUCUUCUCCCACGACACGCGAUAUUUGCCCCAAUUCCUCGACGAGCUCCAUGCGUUUGUCCUCCCGACCCCCCCGCUUGAUUAAUCGAAACGGAUUUCAAUGGUUUACAUGCUACGUUGGGGUGUCAGUGGUCGAGGUGCUUAGUGUGACAAAGUAUGAAGGGUCGCCUGCUGUGUAAAUGUUUUGCUAUGAUCGCGUGGUAGUCAGAACACCACGAAUGUCAGCAGCUCAGCAGUAUUGUACCGGUCAUAAACUUGCUUAAAUAUAUAGUCUUAGCACUGAUCUUCGC